GGCCUCACUACAUAUACUGAGCCCGAUGCAGGCCGCCGGGUCACCGAGAGCAGGGCAGACACAGAUCGAUCUAUUCUUCCCCUCCAAACAAGAAACAGAUUGAUCUUGAGUCCUGACCAUGGCGAUAGGGAUGGAAGCGCGUUACAGCGACGAGGAGAUCAGGGCCAUGGUACACCGCGGCAUAGUCGACCCGGACGAGGAGGAUGAGUCCCUGAAGGCCCAGCAGCGGGCGGUGCGGAGAACGCUGCAGGCCCCGACGGCGUUCCCCACGAUCGCGCAGCUGGUCUGGGUUGACUACGUCGAGGGCACCGCCGUCGUGCUCGCCGACGACAUGGCGGGGAACGGAGACAAUCUCAGGAACGGCGCUCGCGUGUUCGCCGGGAGGAGGCUCGGCGCCUGCUGCGAGGAGGAGGCGGCGCUGGUGGCCAAGCUGCGGCGGCAGGCCGCGAGGUGCGAGGAGCGGCGCGCGCAGGCGCAGGCCCUGGCGGCGGACGCGCGGCGGCUGCGGGACAAGUACCUGAGGGCGGCCUCGGGGAUCUCGGUGGGGAACAAGGACGGCGGCGAGGCCCUCCGCGCGGCGACGGCGGAGUUCCGGGAGCACGUGGCCAGGGAGAUGGAGGACGACGGGGUGUCCGUGGCUGAUAUGGCGAGGCCGGAGGCGAUAGACGCGGCGGCGAGGGCCGGGCAGGGCAUCGGCCAGCGGUUCGUGGAGGAGGUCCUGUCGGGGCUGUCGCAGAGGCUCAGGCGGCACGCGCUGGAUUACGGUGCCCGGGACAAGGCGCUCAAGGAGGCUCUCUGCCGGCGCGCCGCGGAGAUGGAGGAGAUGUGCGCGGAUCCGGAGAAGCUCGUGGAGAGGAUGCUGGCGUCGAGCGUCUGGAGGUCAGCGCUGGUGACGCGAGAGGGGGCGAGGUGGUCCAAGCUCGAUGGCGUGAAGGGCGGGAAUGAUGCUGGAUUUGGAAGAACAAUGGUGGAUGCUGAGGUCGACGCAGACGCCGGCCCACAACUCGCGUCGUUGGGCUAAUCGGCGACCUCGGCGCCCAGUCCGCCGCUCAGCCCAGUCCUACCUCGUCGGCCGGCUCCUCCCCACUGUUGUGAUAUUCCCCUCGCCAGCAGCUCGUGUGGAAUUAGCUGCCACAGUGUGGCGAUCGCCGGUAAACCAGCUCAGAGCUGAGACUACUCUAUUCUUGAAAUUAAGAGAGCUACAGAGACAUAAACUUCCACUGAUUUUACUUGUGAGCAUGUUGUAAGGUAUGCUAUGCUAACUCUUGUUUAACGUUGACGAAAUUCUGAGGAUAAUAAAACUUGAAGUUAAUUUUGUUUCGGUGAGAACUUGUUUACUUGUAUUCCAAACGCUGCAGGUUAGGAGGUUGGACAAAAGUACUUUGUGUAUGGUUCAAGAUUCAAAGCCCACUGGACUAUCAGAUUCUCGUGACAGAUACUCAAGCAAGAAUGUGCAAAUACUAACUUAUAGGAUAUUGGGCAAUUUUGCAGGCAGUCAUUGUUUCAAAUGGAGAGAAGUGUUGCCGAAGGAGGAAUGAUGAGUCUGAAAGGGCUUGCAUAGUUACAAUCAUGUGUAUACCUUUUGUCUUCUGUUGUUGUAGUGCUUGAGCAGUUACGUGAGGCAUGCGUUUUACUUGUACUCGUUGCUGCUGUGAAAAAAAUAUUGUCUCACUCCAUUAUGCUCCCGGAUUGCUCAAUUUGACCUCUAUAGUGAUGCUUGAAUUUUUUUGUU